UCGAGCUGUGAGGGUCUUGACGUACCGCGCGCGUUUGAUUUAGUCGCGGAUUGCAUUCGUUCGACGUGCCCACGCAUGACCGCGCGCUCGCGCGAGCACACGUCGGCAGAUCGUCGAUCGUGUUCCCUCGCGGCAAAUCCGAUCGCGAUCUCGACCCGAAUGUAGUGAACGAUUAAUCGACCGAUCGGUCGGAGGUAGGGACCCCGUCGGUAAGGCAGAGCCGAGCCGGGCAGCAGGUGCCCUCGCGGACUCUCCUGGAUCGGCAUUUAUCCGACAUUCGUCGCUGUAAAAAUCUGAAACCGCCGAAAGGAAACUCUCGCCGUGGCAAAAUGCGCGACGUAACUCCGUAACAGGGUAACGAGGCACUUUUUAAGAAAAUCUUUAACGCGAAUGCCAACUUCGCUCCCAUUUGCGAGAGCCUCCCCCUCUUAAACGACUACCGGUCAAGUGAUAGUUGAAGUUCAAACGAUUCGAAACCGCUAUUAAAAAGAAUCCCCCGAGAGUCGUUUACCCGUUGAAUAACGUGUUCAAUCCGCAGAGGUGAAAUUUUCACGUUUUCGGUGCAACACCUCUGGGAAGGGUUAAAUCGAGGAACGAGGAGGAACAGGACGAGCGGACAAGUGGCAAGGUCCCCUUGGCGCGACCGGAACGCAGUUUCCGAAAUAAACCGGAAGGGGAACCGGGGAUUGUCUUAAGCAAGGAGUAGGAGUCAGGAGUGGAGCGGGAGGUUCGAUGAGUUUUUAAAUUUUAAAUUACGUCCGCAGCCGUUGAUCGGGGAGUCGAGAAGAGAAUUUCGGACCCUUUCCGAGAGAAAGAGAGAAAAGCCGGAUUUCCAGCUAGCGACUUCGAGAGAACGGAGGCCUCGAUCGAUCGCCGAUACGGAGUCCCCGUAAAUCGCCGAGAGCGGCCCGAGAAGAGUCUUCGACGUCGAGCUUUCGCCGGGUGAAGAUCAAUAGCAUUAUCGCUCGGGGCGCGGGAAUUCUCUCGCGUUCUCGGCACACUCCGAGACGCGGGAAUACUCGCGAUAAGAGCCCGUGGGUUGCCCCUCCUCGAGGGAGGGCCCACGCAAACGAGACCCGGACUGUACUUCCGUGCUUGUUUCCCAGCACCGGGUCGGGAGAACAAGCAACGUUCACCUUGAGACUCCUGAAGAGGCGAUUCCGUUUAUUCGCCGCCCGUCCCCUUCUGGAUGCCUCGCUUCCACCGCCACUCGAAGACUGCCCGAGAACUCUCGCUGCCAAAAUAAAAUUAAACCCGGUUCAAUGGAUCCCUGGUCGACGUUCCGAGGAACGCUUUAGAGCCAUCGGGAGAAUUCCCCGAGAAGUCUGGACGUGAGAAGAGGACUUUCGGUUUUUCGGUCCGAAGUCCGGAGAACCGCCGACUUCCUCUACGCAGACCACUCCGAGCUUCGAUUUAGACUCAGCGAACGAGGAAACGUAAACGGAAGGAUUCUCCAUGCCCAUUGGAGAGAUCCGUAGAUUUAGAGAGUACCCUAGAGCCGAGAGACGUCGGUAGAGGUGUUUGGACACCUUUAAGAUCGCUCCGAAAUUGCUCUAAUUCCAUGCCAAGGGCGGCAUGAUGCGGAAGGAACGGGGCUGAUGCGGGGAGAAUUAUGUGGCCCCGAGGUGUAUCCACGCGAUGAUUCUCCUCCCAUCGUAUUCCCCUUUGCGUAUGUCCAUUCUAAAGCUGACUUUUUGGACCUGCCAAACUCGUCAGCGCCUUUGGGCAGCUAUCGUUGGUUAAUCCAUAACUUCGCUGGGAGUGCCAACCGCGGGAACGACUUCGGAGCACCUUAAAUCCCUCGACUUUCGUUUUAGAGUAUCUUGUCCAAUCCGAGAGUGGAGGGUUUUUAGCCGAAGGGGAGCUUGAGAAUCGAGGUGUCUGGUCUAACUGGGAAAAUGAACAUGGCGGAAGGUCGUAUGGCCGGGUAGGGACGGAGUAAGUUGUUCACAAGGGGUUGCGACAAGACGAAAGCUGGGCGAAUGUAUCUCGAAGAGGGUUGCCAUGCAAUCGUCGCCGGCCUUGACAUGGGGUAGGUGAUCGUUCGGUGUUUCGAUGAUGAGGAGAAAACCGCGAGACUGAAUCCCGAGGAUGGAUUGGCCAUCUCGAUCCGGAUAGCCUGAAGGGGACAGUCAGCCUUUCCGGCGAAUCGUGUUGCCUGGAUAAUCUCUGUUAUACGCGGCAUCUCUUGGGAGUCCAUCCUUGGAGUACACAUAUCCCGCAAAUCUGUACAGUAGAAAGAGGACGGAGUCGAGGGAAGAGAAGAAAGGCCCUAAUUUGUAUAGCAAGGCCAAAAACCGAGUCUCCAGGUUGUAGAAAUUUGUACAUUGGACGGAAUUUCCGAAGAGACGGGAGUGAAAUUCUAAAAAUCUUUCCGAGUUCUUAACGUACAAGGAGAAGUAUCGGGGAGAAGGAGAGGAUAAAAGAAUACCGGGAAGGAUUUGUAUCCACGUUGCUGGAAGCUGAGAGCCGGAAGAGCCAAGUGGAAAAUCGUUGCGGCGGAAAAGAAAAUCCGAAGGAAAAAACUAAGAAGGGGACAUGCCAACCAUUUGUAGAUUAUAAGAUAGGUCGAGAAAGCGUGCCGGGGUGGAGUACAAGGACGAAAUGGAGAAGGAUAUCCCAAUUUAUACCGUAGGAGGGAAUAUCACGGUGGAGGAGAUAUCGCCAGAGUGAUUCUGCCCGAUAAAUUGAUCGCCCUUUCAAACGGACCAACUCUGCCGUAUACAUGUACACGUAUACAUAAAGGUUCACGUAUAUCCCUUUGGCCAUAUCACCGAAAGAGGAACCGCUAUAUCGCCCUAAGCAUAUCGCGUGGAUAUCGACGCAGCCGAGAACCGGCGGACGUGUACAAUAUAUACAUAGAAUAGAAGAUUUAAGACCGCGAAUGAUAUUUGCGAGGCGAACGCACUCGCGCGAGUCAUACGCGAGUACGCGAGCGCGCGCUGUAUUCCUGUAAAGAGAGACUCGGUACCCUACAAGCCAUUACUCUCGCGCGGCGAAAACCAUUACUCUUGGCGCGCUUUAUUCUUCUAAGGGGAAUAAAUAUAUCAACGCGUUAUUCCGCCGCGGCAGGACGAGCACGUAAACGUCUCGCGACGAGAAGAAACGCACACCGGGGCGCGUUGUUUUCCUUCAAAGGGAAUAAAUACCCUGAUUUAAUAUUCCCGCAAAGAGAGGAGGCGCGGCCGCAUUCCUGUAAAGAGAGAUAGUUAACGUCAACCUUAUUUUUCACAAAGGGGAAACGACCCCGUGGUAUUCUUUUAAAAGGGAAUAAGUGCGCCGACGUCGUUUUCUCCGCGCAAAGAGAGCUCUGGCACGUUGCCUCGCUCACAGGGGGAACAACCGGUGGAGUCGCCGCCUCUGACAGAAGAUCGCCGAAACGAAUUCGAUUCGACCUGGCCGAACUCGCUCGAAGAAAGCGAACGAGUCAAGCCUUUCCUCGCAUGUCCUCCUAGCUCGAGGAGCGUCGAAUUGCUCCUUGAGUCGAGGCAAUCGCGAUUACCCGGGAGACGUCUGGACAGUUGUCGAGGAACAACAAUUGGCAUCGCGACGAAUGCUCGGCCUGUUGUCGAGGAGUCGCUAUUAGAUUUCGAGGAGACGUCGAAUCAAUAAGUGCUGAGCACAGAUCGGAGUCGAGAAGAAACUGAAAGAAUCGCGAUUAUCGGGGCAUUGUUGAGCUAAUCGUCAGGGAGCAACAAUUGUCAUCAAAACGAAAAUCGAACUGAUUUUUGAGGUGUAACGAUUAGCAUUCUAAAAAAUCUCGAGAAAGUACAAGAAGUCAAUAAGUGCUGAGCGUAGAUUGGAAUCGAGAAGAAACUGAAAGAAUCGCGAUUAUCGGGGCAUUGUUGAGCUAAUCGUCAGGGAGCGACAAUUGUCAACAAAACAAAAAUCGAACUGAUUGUUGAGGUGUAACGAUUAGAAUUCAAAAAGAUCCCGAGAAAGUAGAAGAAUUGGGAUUGUCAUGGUAACAUUGAGCUAGUCGUCGAAAAGCGACAAUUGUUAUUAAAACGGACGUCAAACUGAUUGUCGAGGAGCAACAAUUAGAAGUCGAGGAGACGUUGAGUCAACAAUUGUUGCGCGCAAAUCGUAGUCGAGAAGAAAGUACAAUAAUCGUGAUUGUCAGGGCGACGUUGCUAAUCAUCGUGGAGCGACAAUUGUUAUCGAGACAAACGUCAAACUGAUUGUUAAGGUGUGACAAUUAGAAUUCGAGAAGACGUCGAUGAAAACGCAAGAAUCGCGACUGCCUGGGAAACGUUAAGCCAAUCGUCGAGAAGUCAUCGUCAUCGUGACAAACGUCAAGUUGGCUAUUGACGAUUAUCGAUAAUCGCGAGGACAAAAAUUACGAUUACGGAAGAAACUGGUUGCUAGGAAGUAACGGUUGACAUUCUGGUAAACUUCGGACUGGGCGUUGACGAGUCGCAAUCUUGAGAACAAUAGUAGAACAGAAAUUGCGACUGAGAGAAAUGCCGAGCGGAUAAUCGAAGGACGACAAUUGCCAGCGCAAUAAACGUUCAACUGGUUAUCGGAGGACAAUAAUUGUCAGCCUGAUCGAAUAUCAGGCUGGUCACCGACAAAUUUUAAUAAUAACUGAGAAGACCUCGAUCUAAUUACUCUUGAGCGCACGUAUACGGGAAAUCUUGAUGCGCCUGUGAGAGAAACGUCGGGCUCAUUAUUGAAGAGUAACGAUUAUCGAAACAUUGAAAGGAUUAUUACUCAGCGGGAACCGUAAUCGCGGGGAAAGUUCGAACGAUCGGCGAGGAGCAAGAAUUGCGAGAGUGCCGCAAAAAAUAAAGCCGAUUACAGAGGAGCAGGAAUUGAGAUUUCGAGGAGCCAAGACGCGGAUGACGAUUUCGAGAAUGUGACUUCAUUCGACCCUCUGCUCGGCUAAGUCCGGCAAAAUUAAGCGAGGUCGAAGGAGAAAUCAACCACCGAGGAAGUAGCGGUCAGGAUGGGUUGUGGUCAGAGCAAGAUCGGCAAUAUUUAUCCAAAAAACAAGAAAAACAAGAACGGCUCGAAAAAAAAUGGCUCUGCGUCCAUUGAGCAGAAAAAUGGAAACGGCAACUCGAAAGGCAACAAGACCAACAACAAUGGCCCCGACGUCAACAGGAACGAGGAACAAAACGGCCCGGUCGAUGUCAAAGCUCAGUCCAAGAAGAAACCCGCUGCUCCUGGAAGCGGACCUCUGCUUCAACAGGCAGAGAUAUCGUCCAGCCAGUUGGACUUCUUCAGGAUGCUCGACGAGAAGAUCGAAAACGGACCCGACUACGAUGAGAGCCUGGACGCGGCAGCAACGGCAGAGCGAGUAUCGAGCCUGCUUCGUCGUUGGGAACUCGCCAGCGUGACCUGGUCCAGCGUGUCCGACCUGAACAACUCUUCCUCGGACCUGAAGACUCGUACAUUCGGUCUGAGCACGUCCCGACAGAGCCUGAGCGCGAAGGACCGCGAAGGGAUGCGCAACAUCAUCGGGGGCCGUCCAGAGAGCGCCCCGGUGUUCGUGCGAAACGCAAACCGCAUGGACGGCCUCCAGGAGACGCACUGUCCGUCCCCGAACAUGCCUCGCCACGUUCUGGAGUCCAUCACCCAAAGUCCGACCCAGAGCCUGAAGAACACUCCGCCGUCGGCGUCACCGACGAGCCUGCGCUACCAAGACUACAACAAGGAGUACAACGCGAACCAGAUGCCGAUAAAGAUCACGAAGGCUGGCUACCAGGGCCAGAACCAGGUCAAUGGAGAGUACGUGACCCAGCAGGCCCUGUAUCGGGAGCAGUACCUCCAGCAGACCGGCAUCAUCACGGUCCCCUCGCAAUACUCCGCCGGCUCUCCCGGCGGGAACGUCCUCAAAAACAGCCCCUACGUUCAGCAGUUUCAGAUUGCCAGUCCUCAGCACUUCCCGACCCCCAGGAAGCGAGGAUUCAACGCCCAGAUGACGUGACCGGGACCGCCGCGGACGACGAGAUAAGACUGAAAUCGAUGAAGAGCGUCGCCGAGGAUCGCCGAGGCCGGUGGAGGGCUCGUCCCCGACGAGCCUGGGGAUGAUCGCGAGAGACGCUCUCGGCGGGAUCCACCGACUCGUCCUGGUGCCGGGACGAGGCUCGGGAUGGAUCGACGGGGAUUCGUAGGACCCAACCAGGAGAGGGACGUCGUGUACCUGAUCGAACGCGCUCUCGUUGUCCCGGAGAGUCGGCGACGAGGAGGAGGUUCUCUCGCGAGAGGAGAUGACGAGGCACGAGGGCGUAGGCCUAACUCGCGAAGGCUGGUACCUAAUUUAGACUGCACCCCGAAGCAUCGGCUGCGUUUAUAUGUUGUCUAGGAUAAGAAUUCUAUUCGCUAAUAAGUGCCAAAGUGCUCGGCGAUCGUAGUCGUCGUGUUCGGAGUCCGUUCCGGAAUGAGCGGAACGGCCCUCCUGUAAUCGUGCGUAAAAUAUGGAUGAAACGCGGAUAUUUCGGUGUAUGUUUAGCUGAAUCGAGGGUGUACACAUAUUUCGGCUAGUUCUCUCUUUUUUUCCCUUUUUUUUUUACGUAAGAAGGAUCGUACCUUUCGUCGACGGAAAGCAGAAUCGCAACGAGGCAUGCCGAACGUAGAUUUUUGUAUAAAUGUGGUAGAGGAGAGAGGACGCGCGAAAGAGAUUAUUGGGGAAACAUACGAACACGUGUAAAGGAGAUUGCUCGAGUCCUAAUUAUGUACGAUGCGUAUAGGCCGCUGUAUGUACUAUGGAUAUAUUAACUUAACGUGAUGACUGUAUAUUUCUAUGUUGACCAUGUUUAAAAUGCUAUCGAUAUGAUAUAUAGUUGAUGAUGAGAGUUUUAUAUUUCAUGUUGAACGCGCUCUACAGAACACUUGGAUUUUCGGACUCGCUGAAUUACCCUACCCAAACUGUGGCUGUAUGUUCUGUUGAACUGUGUUUUUUGAUAAAUAAAUUCAGAAUUUCUCCCUACA